GUAAAGUACCGGUACAUUAUCAAUGUAAAUGAUAAAGAGUAUAGAGAUGAUGAUAACUGUGAAAUGAUUAUAUAGCAGUUUAAGGAGAUGCAUAAACUUGACGGUGUGACCUUUCAUUUAUUUUGAUAACUCUAGUUAUCAAUAUUAGUAAUUAAUUCUCCAUGUUUUAAAAUCGGUUACAUAAGCAAUCUCUGAAUAAAGAUCUAUUCACUCUAUUGGAAAUGUCUCCAACGUAAAGCUAGAAAGACACGUGUUAGUUUUAUAAACUUGACAAUAUUCGAAUAACGACAUAAUGGCUUCAAAAUUUUUAAAUUUGUCUAACACUAAUCGUGCAAUAACAGAAACUGAGUUUCCAGUCUCACGGAUUCAUAAACUUGUUGCAGAAACCGAGGAAAGUUUUGUGAAGGGAACUCAAAAAUACGACUUCGAAGAAAUUAUAAGGGCUGACAUUGGCGUAGCACAAGACCCAGAUCAUGGACCAAUCACAUUUGCCAGACAAAUGAUGGCACUGGCUUGCUUGCCGGCAUUGAGGAGCGACCCAAUGUUCCCUUCAGAUGUCAAGUCACGCGUUGAACAACUUUUGAAUGAUUGUCCAGGGAGGGGCUUAGGUUCUUAUGUGGCGACAUAUGGGAUAGAAGGAAUAAGGAAACAUGUAGCAGAAUUUAUUGAAAGGAGAGACGGCCAUCCAUCUAACUAUGAAAAUAUCUACCUGUGCUCUGGUUCUGACUACAUCUUAAGGCAUAUUAUUCAAGCAUUCGCAGUAGUGAGUAAUGGCAAGCCAUCAGGAGUAUUGACACCCAUUCCUGGACCCCCGCAGUAUUCCUGGACAAUCACUCAGCAUCGAAUGAAACCGGUGAGCUACAAUUUGAAGUAUGAUGAUAAUGGCUGGUCAAUCGACGUGGAUGAAUUGAAGAGGACACUUGAUGAAUCAAGAAAGUUUUGUUGUCCUCGAGUGAUAUUAAUAAAUAAUCCAGGAAAUCCUGCUGGUCAGAUACUCACAAAACAGAAUAUUGAAGAUAUCAUAAAGUUUGCUUAUAAUGAGAAACUAUUCAUAAUAGCUGAUGAGGUUUAUCAAAAUAACAUCUAUUCAGAUGAGAAAGAAUUUGUUUCUUUCAAGAAAGUUCUUUGUGAUCUUGGUUCACCAUACGAUGGAAUGCAGAUGGCCUCUGUUAUGUCUACAUCAAAAGGUUACUUGGGCGAAUGUGGAGCAAGAGGAGGAUAUUUUGAGUUGCUAAACGUUGAUGCUGAGGAGAGAUACGUUCUGUACAAAUUGUUGUCGUCGAAUACAUGUCCAAAUGUUGCAGGACAGAUAUACGUCGAAAGCUUGGUUAACCCUCCACGCAAGGGAGAUCCUUCUUAUGAACUAUUCAUAAAUGAAAGAAAUAAAAUAAUGUCGUUGCAUAAAUCAAAAAUUGAAUUAAUCACUGAAAAUCUUAAAGGAAUAAAGGGAAUCUCAUCAAUAAAACCAGAAGGCGCUCCAUACAUUUUUGCACAGAUGGAAGUACCACCGAAGGCUGUAAAGGAAGCUGAGAGACAAAGUAUAUGUCCUUCAGAAAUGUACACAACUAAAUUACUGAGAAGUACUGGAAUAUGUGUUUCUCCAGGAUUAAUUUUCGGUCAGAUACCAGGAAGGUAUUUCUUCAGGAUGUCAGCUCUACUACCAAAAAGCAAACUGCGUUCUGUCGUUGCCAGAAUUCAAGAAUUCCACGAAUCAUUUUUGUUAAAAUACAAAUAGACAUAGAAAUACAUCAGUGAAAUACGAAUGAAAAUAUUUUUGAACUAAUACUUACACAUGGAUCGCAAGGUAAAAUAUAAAUAUUUGAAACUAUG